GCACAGGGACACACGGCUUUGGAGAGAAUCCCUGCGGCGGGGACGCGCUUUGGGCUUGUGCCGUUUGUUAAAAUCUCCCCCUGUCUGUGUCGAAUAAGGUGGUCACCCUGGAGCAGGAAUCUACCCAUACAGGGUCAGGUCCUCCGCCGUUUCUAGCUGCACAGGCAGGCUGGGCACGGCGGGGCGUGUCCGUGCCGCAGGUCCGGUUCAGUGGCCCGCGACGCCACUGUCCUCACUGCCUUCUCCCGCUCCUCGGAAUCCGGUGGCAUUUCGGAAAAGUGAAAAGGCAGGAAUUCCCCAGCGGCGUGUUGUGCUGUUCCCUACUUUCUUUCUGGGAAAAUGGUGGGGGGUAUUUGUGCGAAUAAACUGGCUCUGUGCCCUCUUCCCCGACAUGCGUGCCAACGAGUCAGAUGUGCCUUGUUGGUGUACAGAACAGUACAGUACGUUUUCUGUUGGGUGGGGCUUGACUUUUACCCCCAGAUACAGUACUUUUUUUAAAAGUCAAUAAGCAUAAUGAUGUAUAGGAGAAAAGGUGGAGAGCUGAACGGGAGUCAGUGGAAAGGUCCUGGAAUGCGAGGCUCUCCUUUCGCACAUCUCUGACAUGUCGGACAUGAAACGGAGAAAUCGUUAAGACGCUGUGUGAGCCUUUCGCAAUAAAUGUUCCUCAGUGUUUUUUUUUAGGAACCCAAGUUUGAGUCAUAGACAAACGCAGCCCAACAGAUUAUUUUCACAACAGAGAAACAAACCCCGAGUACGAGACGCAGAAUGGACACUACUGUAGGGGGAAGUGUGUUUAUGAUUAGGAACAGGAAGCAUUUUUUUACACAAAGAGGUGUGGGGGUGUGCAACAGGCUACCCAGUUUUGCCGUUGAAGCCGAUACUCUGGCUCCCCUCAAGAAACGGCUGGAUGAGAUCAUCAGCUCAAUUAGCUACUAGAAGUCAAACAACGAGCCGAAUGACUUCGUUUGUUAUCGGCGUUACGGGGUUGGGGAGGGGGGGUUAUAUUUCAAAUCUAGGGAACACAAAAAUAUUUUGCCCAGCACACUCCUAAAAACGCCAUGCCAGCAGCGAACACACACCGCUUUGAACUCGACUGAAAGACGAGAAAGACACUCGGCGGGUUUUCGCUGCAGAGACGAAGUUCCUGUUUCUCUGCUUUUUGCGUCUGAGAAAAUUUGGAAAAGUCCGCCCCUUCCCUCCGGGGGAAACGAGCCUCUUCUCGAGCAAUGUGACCAGAAGUAGCGUCCGUGUCCACACAGCCUGCGGGCCCGGAGCUGCACCUCUGUCCUCAUGCGGAUCCGUGGCUCCUCUCGCUCCUUCGUCGGACAGCGGCCGGAUGAGAUCACGGCGGCGAUAGUGAGAAGAUACACAAGCGUCUUUCGUGUGGAGUGUCCUGGCCAUACCGGCUCCACGUACGGAAGCCCUUGCGUGGAAUAACCUCUGUUCAUCAGCGACGUUACAAUACCGCUGGGGCGCAAUGGAGGAGGCCUACGAAGAGCUGUACCAGCAGUUUAUCCGACUUCGCGACAUCUGCCUCCAGCAAGCCGCUCUCCUGCAGCGACUGACGUCUGCCCAGGGACGGCCCAGCGCUUCCUCUACAGCCCCCCGCGCUGACUCUGGCGCCCCCGCCUCCAUCCCUGUUCAGUGCACGGAACGGGAGAGGCGCCUCAUCGAGGGCCCCUUUCCCCAGACCCCUGCUGUGGCAGCAGUGACGACGGCGCCCCCUCCUGGCCAGACGAGGAGGUGCAGCCCAGGGGUGGGAGCGAAUGGGGACGAUCACUGCCUCCUGCUUGAACGAAUACCCAGACUGCAGCUUGGCACACGCCAGCAGGCGGGGGUCCCUGAUCCCACCCAGCUGGCCACAGUGCCCCAUGGGCCAGAUGGCAUGGGGGAUAACCUGAUGAAAAGAGUUACGGCGCCCUCCGGUGGAGCAGGGUGGUCACCGCAAGCAGAUGAGUGGGCAGGGCCCAGCCAGUUCUACAAUGCGACGGGGGCCUUGUGCAGCACAGAGGCAAACACAGAAGACCAGCAGACACGAGCAGAGCGGAUCAGCAAGAUGCCUUGGAUGAUGAGCUCCUUCCUGGACAGCGACCUCCUCAGUCGGGGGGGCCUGCUGCUGUCGGAGGUCACGCUCAACUCCCAGGUGUGCGAGUUCUGCCAAGCGGUGUUCCCCAGCGACACCACCACUCGGGGGGAGUUCCUCCGGCACCUCACGGCGCACGUCACCUAGCCGCCCCCCCCCACCCCCGCACGGCGAGCGGCCGGCUGUAGGACAACCCGCAGCACGAGCAGGGGGUAGCGGAGUUAGGGCUCAGGAUGUGCUGAACGGCCCCCUGGAUGUGUGCAGCUGUAACUGAUCCAAACCAGUGCUGUCAAACUGCUCCUCAAGGGCCGGCCCAGUGCCUUCUGCUGCUCUCUCUGCAGUCGCCACCUCUCUUCCAAACCUUACCCGGCGGCUGUGGAGGGGAAGGGAGGGGCUGGUGUGGAAGUCGCAUAUUUGUUACAAUUCUGCACCAAGGCAGGAGUGGAAUUGGGUGGAAGCUGCUGCACAGACACUGGGACCAUGAGCAACAACGCAGUCCAUGCAUGUAGCACGACCGUCACACGAGCUGUGGUUGAACCUGCUCUCCCCUAGAUGGAGCCAGCCUACAGCUUGUGCGUUUUGAUCUCCCAUCUUGGCAACCUUAUUAAGAAGGCAUUCAUUAACUGUUUCCCCAGUUUAUGUAAGAAAAUGUAACAUUUGCAGCCAACGGUUUGCUUAUGAGUAAACUACUAAUAUUCCCUUGA